AUGGCUGGUUCUAGCGCAUCCAAACCUCGGGCACCUCCCUCCUCCUCCGGCUCGAGCUCGACAGGGAUCGACUCGUCCGAGGAACAGAGCUGGGACGACUGGCAGGACGAGCAGCCGGCACUGGCCAAGUCGCUCUUCAGCCCCGAGCAGUUCGACUCGGCCACCGCUGCGCUCCAGCAUGACCGACAGCAUUUUGGCGUCGACGUACCCCUCCUGGCUUCCACCCUGGGUGAGCAACACCGUCUACGACGACGACGGAAAGGAGUCCGCUCGGAACGCCUGGCUCAUUUUGAUCGGCGGCGGAACGAUCCCUUCUAUCUCUCUGGGUGCAGACUUCUUCGAACGGAUCCGACUCAUUAAUUGGAUUAGGGCGACAGUGGGUCAUACCCACAAUUUGGAGCUCAACCAGGUCGUUCCACCACUCAACAGUCUACUUCUCGCCCGCAGAAACCCGAGCCCUCGUCUCUUGAGCGACUCGACCGAAACGCCGACUUUCUCCAGGACGAUCAAUACCUCAAGCCCGUCCUUCAAGACGAUGCGUUGUUGCGUCAGUCGAAUCCCAGUCAAUUCUAUACCAGGCACAAUUCUUAAAACUCUUCUGAUCCUGAUACAGAAUACGACUUUGAUCAACUUUCUCUCGCCGACGAGGCACCGUCGACCUCGGAGCAGCCAUCCUACACCGUCCAAUCCAUCGGAGGCUCGAACGACUCCAAGUUGCCGACGACAUCAACCGGUCCCACAAAGAGAGAUACGGCGGACCUGAUUGAUCACUUGCGCGCCCAGCUGUACGACUCGAGUCAGGCCAUCGACACACUCAAGGGCAUCAUCAGGGAACGACUCGCACCUUCGAUGGGUCUUCAUUCGAUCGCCCUUGAGGAGGAGGCAGGCAAGGGAAGCAAGAUCGUGCCCGAUACCGGUGCCGAUCCUCAGAGAGAUGAUGAUACCCAUUACUUUGAUGUGGGUCCGAAUUCCCCCUAACGCAACUGCAAAUGAUCAAGCACUGAUUUCUCAUUGCCGAAAUCCUCCACGCAGAGCUAUGCCUACAAUGGUCCGUUCUUUGGCCCUUGUCUAAUGCUUCUUGUGAACUCACUCUCACUUGCUCAUAUUUAACUUGUUCAUAGACAUCCACGAAGUCAUGUUGAAGGGUACGCGAAGGACCCGCGACGAACGAUAGGCCUCGGAGCUGACGCCGCUAUCUAUGCCCACUCGGCUCACAGACAAGGUCCGAACAGACUCGUACCGAGACUUUAUCAUGUCCAAUCCGCAGCUAUUCAAGGAUGCUGUCGUACUCGACGUCGGUUGCGGAACGGGUACGCACUGUUCGCAGGGCCCGGCUUCAUGAACUGAGCCAACUACUGAGUGUCCUGCGCUCUUCUAUCCCCGGUAGGCAUCCUGUCUAUGUUCGCGGCCAAGUCGGGCGCCAAAAAAGUCUACGCCGUUGAUGCUAGCAACGUCGUUUACAAAGCCCAGCGGAACAUCAAGGCCAACGGGUUAAGCGAGGUCAUCACGUAAGUUCCGGGGUUUUGUCUUGCUACUCCCGUGAAGACUGGGUACUGACGCCCCAGGUGAAUAAAUUAGCGUCAUCCGAGGCAAGAUUGAAGACCUCGAGAUCCCGGAAAAAGUCGACAUCAUCGUCUCCGAGUGGAUGGUGGGUUUCCUUCCUCCUCUUUCUUGGGUGUAGGUAUGUCAGUAGCUGACCCGAUUUGCUUGGUCCAGGGGUACUGCCUUCUAUACGAAUGCAUGCUCGACUCGGUCCUCUCGGCCCGUGACCGCUGCAUGAAGCCGACGGGGUUGAUGGUGCCCUCACAAACGUCCAUCAUGUUGGCCUUGUUCUCUGGCUCGGCUAUGGUCGACGACCGCGUCAAGUUCUGGGACAACGUGUACGGAUUCGACAUGAGUGCAAUGAAGGAGGAGAUCAAGGAUGAUGCGUUGAUCGAUGUCGUCGAUGCGAAGGAGGUCGUCAGUGAUACGAUCUCAAUUUCGGUAUGUUCCAUCGAACUGUAGGGCUACUUCAACAGAGGCUUUUGCUCAAUUUCGACUUUGUCGGAGCGUUUCUAGGACAUCGUGACCCAAACCACGACCGUUGCGGAUCUGUCCUUCACAAGCCCGUUCAAACUCACCGCGAAUCGAUCUACGACUGUGAAUGCCUUCCUUGCGCACUUUGACACCUUCUUCACCUCGGACGCGCGCUUGAUGCAUUCGCAAUCCGAGCUCAAGCGAGGCGAGGUAUAUUUCACGACGGGGGCUCACGAUACGCCGACGCAUUGGAAGCAGACGAUGUUUUUGCUCAAGGAACCGAUCCAGGUCGAAGCAGGUACGGUCAUUGAGGGCUCGUUCAAAUGCAGCAAGAACCCGGAGAACUCGCGCGAGUUGGUCGUCGAAGUGACUUGGACCGUUCACGCGAAGGCCGAGGAGCCAAAACGGUCCGUCAAGGCGCAAGUCUGGAAAGUGAGGUGA